AUGAACGACAAACUCAGUAUUCCGAGCUGUUUUCCAUAUAAGAUCGUUUAUCUGAGAUUGGAGAGGGAAAGCUAUUGAAGGAACAGGAGCAAUUCCGAAGAGAACUUGCAAAGCGGAGAAAGGAGGAGUUAGUGGGUAGAGCAGAGGGCAGGGAGGAUGCUAUACAGGACCAGGGAGGAGGUUAUGAGAGUUCCAGUGAGUUAUAUAGCGAUGCUAUGGAUGAAAAUGAUGCUAAUUCUAGAGUAUGUUCCGCCAUGUGCGACAAGUACUCAUUUCUCUUUUUAAAUAAAUUGCUAAAUAAUCAUAUACUGGAGGUUCCGCAAUGGCAGCCCUCCUGGCCUUACGGCAAGCAAGGGCCUCAGAAUAUGAAGCUGAGCAUGGUGGCUUCGGCGGUGAGUCCAAUAGCGAUUCAGAUUCAGAAAUGGGCAUUCCAGAUCUCGAAUCCAAGAGCACCGGCAAAGAUAUCUCAUGAAAAUCGCUUCACAAGAUAUUCAAGCAAGUGGUCGAUGCUGCCGGCAUAGCUCUCUACGUCCUAGAUACUCGAGACCCCGAAGGCAUCCGUUCCAGCGAUGUGGAAAGACAGAAAAUGGGGGCUGAUGGCAGCGAGAAACGACUAUCCUUAUCCUGAACAAGAUCUAUCUCGUGCCAGGGACGGCUGAACGGGUGGUUGGAUUAUCUCCGCAGAGACUUCCCAACGCUGCCACUAAGCGCUAGCAGGUCUGCUGCGAAUGCCCAGACAUUUGAUCAUAAAUCCUUGACGGUAUAUGGCACCUCAGCUACUCUUCUGGAGACUCUAAAAUCAUUUGCGCAUGCCAAACCGUUGUUAUUCACCGGGGCUCCUUCCGAGAUCUUUCUCCCUCUGGUUGAACUGGAACAUAUGAGAAGAAUAACGGAUGAUUCACCGGAGCGGGGUACCCGGUGAACUAUCCGGAGUGAGGGGUAAGCUGUUAUGCAAGAGUGGAAAAGUGAAGGAGGAAAGACGGGGUAAGGAGAUGGUGUCAGAAGAUAUGGAAAUGGCGUGAUUAUGUUUGAGGGACUGCAGAAGAGUUAUUGAUUGACUUAUGUAUCUAAGAGGUCUCGUUUGUUCGCAAAAUUAUGUAGGGACAAGGUCACAAAAAUUAACAAGUCUCCGCUUGGUUCACUCGUUUCGCUUCUCAUUCACAAACUCUUCAUUCCCUUUGACUCCAUUUUUCACACAAACAGCUCAACUGGUCGGUAUCAGCGGGUGUAAUUGGAUACCCGAAUGUUGAGAAAUUAUCAGUUAUCAACACCCUUACUGGUCGUCUGGGUGGCUUAUGGACCGCCUGUCCGACAGGCGCCGAAGCCGCCGUCACCACAAGCUUACUAGAAGUCAAGCUAGACAAAAGUCUCAAAAUGGUGGCUCAAAGAACAAUCAGGCACCUCUCAUCCUCCUAAGUGCCCUCCAACCAAAGCAAAUCCUCAACCCGGUACCUGCAGUUUCCCUUCUCAUCCGCCGGCUAUCUACAUCCCACACGCUCUUUGACAAACUCCUCCGCUUUUACAACCUCCCUCUCAUCGUCGAUACUGCCGCCACUGAUCUCACAACAGACUUCCUAAUGUAGGUCGCACGAAAGUGUGGGCAACUAGGUAAAGGAGGCAUCCCCGACAACGAAGGAGCGGCAAAGGUCGUCAUGAUGGAUUGGAGGGAUGGAAGGAGCCAAGGUUGGAUUGAUCCCCCCAACCGCGGUCCCCCCAGCUACCAAGGUGUUAAGCCCGCCACCGCUGCCAUAAUGAUUGAUGAUCGCAAAGAGAUUGUUAAAGAGUCGACUGAAGAGUUUAAAUUGGAUGGGCUAUGGGGUGAGGAUUGGAAUGCCGGCGGACAGGGCGAGGAGAUGGAGAUCGAGGAU